AUCAUCAUCUUAUCAAAUCGGCUUCACUCUUCCUGGUCCGGUGAGACUGGGCUGCCCAAUCAUCCCACAGUAUGAUUAUCCAGUUCGCCGCGGAUUCCUUUCGCCACUCAAUUGAUUCGACUACACUGCCCAUCCAUAGCUACCUACCUAUCCACAUGGUGACAAGACCAGUGCAAGAGGCAUGCAUAAGCGCAACACAUUAGAACACAAGGCAGAAGGGUGUAGUCUCUCGCAUGACGAGAGAGCGGCGGAUGUAUCGAUAGAGGAUUGCUUGUUCUGGUAGCCAAGAUGGCGCUGGGCAAAGCUUGAGGAGGUGAAACGUGCGCUGAAGCGGCCCAAGAUAUGUGCUGAUGGGCGUAUUGGAGGUAUGGCGCCAAGAGUUUUCCGGGCUUGUCGUGGCGGUAUUAUGUUCUCAACGUUGGCAGACGGUGCACACUAUUUCAUCUUAUCAUGAGGUCAGACCGCAAGAGAUCCGAGCAGGCCGAUGGCGGUCCUAGCUGCAUACGGAGUUGAGAAGUCAGAGCAGCAAGUUGCUUCAGCCCUAGGUAAGCUGACGAAGCUGUCUUGGUAUGUAUGUAAUCCUCUCAUCCUGUUGCCUGCGGCUGUAUACCGGUGUGUGCCUGGCAUCGACGGUGAACUGCCGUUGACAAACAUGCUCAGCUAUCGAAUUACCAUGCCAGUGGAUCCGUCACAAAAGCAGUUCGAGACUCCCCGAAUCCAGCCAGUGCAAGGAUCGGGGCACUCUACUCUGAAUGCCGCCGCCCAUUCGGCCAAUUUCUCAAAAGAAAAAAAAAGAGACCAGAAUCCCGCUGGAAGUCUAGUAGCAGACUUAAGGGGGGAAGGGGAAAGGGGAAGACGGGACCCGA